AAACUUGCCUACGGCGUAUUUUAAAGGCAGGAAUGCACGGUUUAAAUGGAACUACGAAUUGAUGCGUAUUUUUGAUAUAAACCUAAUUUUAUUUUGCCUAAAGUGCCUUUUUUGACUACUUAAUGCCUAAAUUUACAUUUCGCGAAAUUUUUGCUUAUUUUGGGCAAAUCAUGACUUUUGUCGGCCUUUUUUGAGCGCGAAAUAUCGAAGGACGCGCCAAUAACUGGUUGACUAAUGAAAUGACUAAUGAAUGAGGCAGCGAGAGGUUAUUUUUAGGUGCGUUAACCGUUAGUCGGGUUUCGUUUCCGGUAGUUUCAGUUUUGUGUUCAAGUUUAGUUCUAAAAUCACAACUUUGCGGAACGUGGUACACGUGAUAUUACUAUCAUCAUUCAUUAUUGUGUAUUAAUAAAAUGCCAAAAAACAUCGAAACUUCAAUACGUAUUUGGCUUAAAGAUAAUCCCCAUCUUAAGCUUCAUGAGGGGGACAAAAUAUUUUGUCGUAUAUGCAAUAAAAUUUUUUCAUGUAAAAAAAAAUUUCACAUCAUUCAACAUGAAAACACCAAUGCACAUAAAAGAUUCGUAGCCAAGGGAGCUGUAGUGCAACCACAAAUAUCAGAGUCGCUUACAAAUGUACCUGCUAGGAGCACUUUUUUCAUGGACUUGUGCACAGCAAUGGUAGCCGCAAAUAUACCAUGGUUUAAGUUAGAUUGUCCCCCCUUUAGAAACUUUUUGGAAAAGUACACGGAAACAAAAAUUCCUAAUCGUACGACACUAAGCAAACUUUAUUUACCGAAGUGCUACCAGAAUGCAAUAAAUAUAAUACAAGCAGAUAUAGGUCAACACGAUAUUUGGAUUUGUGUCGACGAAACCACAGACCGAACGGGGCGUUUCAUAGCAAACUUAAUCGUAGGAAAGCUUUCAGAAGAUAGUGCGGCUACGCCUUAUCUUUUGUCUUCUAAAGUUUUAGAGCGAACAAACCAUUGCACUGUAGCAAGAUUUGUAAAUGAAAGUCUAGCAAUACUUUGGCCAAAUGCCAUUCAGCAUGCAAAAGUAAAAAUUAUGUAUUCGGAUGCCGCUCCCUACAUGCUGAAAACUGCAACAAGUUUAAAGGUUUUUUAUCCAAAUUUAAUCCACUUUACCUGUAUAGCACAUGGUUUAAAUCUUGUUGCUGAGGUAAUUCGCGAGCAAUAUCCAAAUGUGAAUGGUAUAAUAUCGACUACCAAAAAAAUUUUUCUAAAAGCUCCAUUAAGAGUACAAAUCUAUAAAGAAAUGCUUCCGAAUACGCCUUUACCUCCUGAACCUGUUCUAACGAGGUGGGGAACCUGGUUAAAUGCCGCUUUUUUCUAUAAUACACAUUUUGAAAAAAUCAAAGAGGUUGUUGCUCGAUUUGAUUCUAAUUCCGCUGCGUCAAUAAAAAAUGCCCAAAACUUUUUUAAUUCGCCGGGAAUUAAAAAUGAGCUUACAUAUAUACACACACACUUCAAAAUCAUACCCGAAACGAUUAAGAAAAUUGAAGCAAGAGGAAUGCCAUUGACGGAAUCACUUGGAUUAGUGGAAACAGUAUCAGACUCCUUACGUUCUGCACCUGGUCGUGUAGCCAAAGUUGCAUUUAAUAAACUAUCAAAUUGUCUAUUAAAAAACCCAAGCUAUGAAACGCUAUGGGCUAUUAAAAAAAAUUUUUGUGGCGAUGAGGCAGAACUGCCAUUCAACUUUGUUACAGAUAACAUCCAAGCUUUCAAAUUUGCUCCUAUCACUUCGUGUGAAGUGGAGCGCUCAUUCUCUAUGUAUAAAAAUAUUUUAACGGAUAAAAGACAUAAUCUUUCUGAGAAAAAUGUUGAAAUGUUAAUCGUAGCUCAUAGUUUAACAAAAUUUGAUAAAAAUGAUAUUGAUAACGAUAAAGAUAACGAUUUUGAAUAGUUGCUUGUACCUGAUGUUGAUGUAAUAAAAGUAGGCCUAUACUUUAGGCCAUCAUGCCUAAAACUUUUUUUUGUGCCUA